AUGUGUGCUCACACCUUGGCAAACAAGCAUGAUUUAAUGGAUGUUAUCGUUGUUAACGCGCGACAUUCUACUGAAAUCGUAACGUUCAUGCUUGAAAUUAAAUGUUGCUGUUGCAUUGCCAAGCUCGAUGUUUAUUUAUGGAUAAUCCUUCCAGACAUCAAUCAAGUUUUUAAUUUUCUUAAUUUGUUUAAUAACUGA